CGGCUGGAAGCAGAGCAGAGCAGAGCGGGUGGGCGGCGAAGGGGAAGUGUUGGGAAGAAGGCAAAGUGACUGAGAGAUCUAAAUUUAGCAGCACUGAGAUAGGAGGCAAUAGGAUUCUUGGGGGCAGCGAGAGACUGGCUGCUUAGGCCUGUGGGCUUGCUUUUUGUGUUUAUUGCGGGGUACGGGGGAGGCUGGCAUAAUGUCAGAAGGAGGGAUUUAGGGGACGCUUUGUAGCAGGGAGCUGCCCAAAAGAGAUGGAGGAAGCCAAUAGGGCAAGAUAUGGUGUAUAACAGAAUCAAGGGCCAAGAGGUCGGGGAAGUGGGAAGGGCAGCAGGCCCAAGUAGCUGGCAGUGCAGCUGCACCCCAUGGAGUAGGCUUGGGAGAAGAGGAUCUGGGGCCAAAGGAGGAAGUAUGAGGGGCUGUGGGGGGUAUAGACUAAACCUGGACAGGGCAAAGGGAAGAUAAAAAUAAAGGACUCUAGUGGAGUUGGAGAUAGAAGCACACGUGACGAGGUCUAUAGAGGGGAAGAAGGGUUGCUCUGUCACAAUCUGAGCUAGUGUUGCUGCUUGGUGUCUGUUUCUCCUUUCUGGCUUCUUCCUCUUCCCAUCAUGACAGCAAGGGAGGAAACAAAUAAAGCAGACAAGCCCUGUGUGCCUGGCCCUGUUGAGGGGUGUCCCUCAGGGCUCAUCAUGGCACAGCAACGAGGGGUCAACAGCCUGCGCUUCAACCAAGAUCAGAGCUGCUUCUGCUGUGCUAUGGAGACUGGUGUCCGGAUCUAUAAUGUGGAACCUCUCAUGGAGAAAGGGCACCUUGAUCAUGAACAGGUUGGCAGCGUGGGGUUAGUUGAAAUGCUGCACCGGUCCAACCUUCUGGCUAUUGUGGGUGGAGGCGGCAACCCCAAAUUCUCGGAGAUCUCAGUCUUGAUCUGGGAUGAUGCCCGUGAAGGGAAGGAGGGCAAAGACAAGCUGGUAUUGGAGUUUACCUUCACCAAGCCGGCAUUGGCAGUUCGCAUGAGGCAUGACAAGAUAAUCAUUGUCCUACGCAAUCGAAUCUAUGUCUAUUCUUUCCCGGACAACCCUACCAAACUCUUUGAGUUUGACACCCGGGACAACCCCAAAGGACUUUGUGAUCUCUGUCCCAGCUUGGAGAAGCAGCUCCUAGUUUUCCCUGGGCACAAAUGUGGCAGUUUGCAACUCGUGGAUCUGUCCAGCACCAAGCCAGGUACCUCUUCCGCUCCGUUCACCAUCAAUGCCCAUCAGAGCGAGAUUGCCUGCAUCUCUCUCAACCAGCAGGGUACCGUUGUGGCCUCUGCCUCCAAGAAAGGGACCCUCAUCCGCCUCUUUGAUACACAGACCAAGGAAAAACUGGUGGAGCUCAGGAGAGGAACAGACCCAGCAACUUUGUACUGCAUCAACUUCAGUCACGACUCUUCCUUCCUCUGUGCCUCCAGCGACAAAGGAACCGUCCACAUCUUUGCCCUAAAAGACACCCGCUUAAAUCGGCGUUCAGCAUUAGCACGCGUGGGAAAAGUCGGCCCCAUGAUAGGCCAGUACGUGGAUUCUCAGUGGAGUCUAGCCAGCUUCACUGUGCCGGCUGAGUCUGCCUGCAUCUGUGCUUUUGGCAGGAACACCUCCAAGAAUGUCAACUCAGUCAUCGCUAUCUGUGUGGAUGGUACUUUCCACAAGUAUGUCUUCACUCCAGACGGCAACUGCAAUCGUGAGGCUUUUGACGUCUACCUGGAUAUAUGUGACGACGAUGACUUUUGAACACAGCUAAGCCUGCCAUGGGCAGGCAGAAGCACCGCUAGGCCCACGGACAAUUUGGGAAAGUUGCUUGGCCUUGAGCAUAUUGAGGGCCUAGAUUGGGGAAGAACAAGGCGUGCUGGGAAUUCUGCUGGGCUGCUGUAGCAGGCCGGAAUGGAUGCCAGGAGAGCACAUUGAGUAAUCAUUUAUCCUGCCAUCCUGGGUGUCCUGUUUAUUGCUGUUUUGGUCUGGCUCCCCAGCUCAUGUUGGUAAUCGAUGAGAGGGCCCAGAAGGUCGACUUCUUUGGAGACAUUGUCACAGACUCUGUUCAGCCUGGAUUUUGGAAGCGGGGAAGAUCCUUUUUACUGGUUAUAUCUGGGUGUUCCCGGCUCUUGAAGAGACUUGAGGGAGGGCUGUAAUUGAAGUUCAGUGUAAGUGCUGUUUGUCAAUAAAGCAAUCUAUAAUUAGUAAAA